AUGUCCAGCUCCUUUGAGAAAUCGGUCAGAGGCGCCACCAAGAUCAAGAAUGCGCCGCCCAAGACAAAGUACAUCGAGCACAUCCUUGUCGCAACACACUCGGGAGAGUCCGGCGUUGCCGAUGUCCUCUUUGCCCUGCAGAACCGUCUCCGCGAUUCCACAUGGACUGUCGUCUUCAAGAGUCUCAUCACCAUUCACCUCAUGAUGCGUGAGGGGUCGCCAGAUGUCACGCUGUCGUAUAUAUCCCGCCAUCGUAACAUGCUCGCCAUCAGCCACUUCGCCGACGCUGUCACGCAAGGCCGAAAUAUCCGUCACUAUUCUACCUAUCUCGCCGAGAGGGUGCGCUCCUAUCGCGACACGGGCACCGACUGGGUCAGGGUCGGCGAGAACAAGCUGGAGAAUACGACUGUCGAGAAGGGCCUUCUGCGACAGACAGAGUCGGUCCAGCGUCAGCUGCAUGCUCUGCUCAAGUGUGACCUGCUGCUGAACGAACCCGAAAACGAGAUCACCAUCACGGCCUUUCGACUUCUCGUCCUCGACCUCUUGUCGCUGUUCCAGGUUGCCAACCAGGGACUGAUCAAUAUUCUAGGCCGCUUCUUUGAAAUGUCCAAGCCGGACGCCGAGAGGGCCAUGGAUAUCUACCGUACGUUCACGCGGCAGACGGAGGUUGUCGUCGCAUUCCUCGGCGUCGCCCGGCAGCACGAGUACCACACCCGCGUCGAGGUUCCCAAGCUCAAGCACGCGCCCGUCCACCUCGCGCGCCAGCUGGAAGACUACCUCAAGGACCCCGAUUUCGAAGUUAACCGACGCCAGUACAUUGCCGAGCAGACGGCCAAACGCAAGGCCGACGGCACCGCCCAGCCCAAGCCCUUCCUCACCAAGAAGACCGACAGUGAGGCCCCGACCUCGUCCUCGUCCUCGAAGCCUGCCCCUGCCGACAACAACCCCUUCCCCACGUCCGGUGCGCCGGCAGGGACAAAGGCCGAGACGCAGACGAAGGAUGCCAAGGGCCCUGAACCCGACCUCAUCGACUUCUUCGAAUCGAUCGAACAGAACCAGACGCCGAUGCAGGUGCCCCAGCCGACGGGCAUCCCCGCUAACAAUGCUGCCGCCUUCCAGCAGCCCCAGCCCACCGGGAUACCUCUCCAGAGCAACAACCCCAUGUUCCAGCAACCACAGCCCACCGGCAUUGCGGGCUUCCAGCAGCAGCAGCAGCAGCAGCAGCAGCAGCCCCAGCUGCUUCAGCCUCACUUUACCGGUGCCGGAUUCGGAGGCUUCACGCCGCAGCCGCAGCCGCAGCAGAGUUUCCAGCCCGGCCUGGGUGCGAUACCGCAGGAGACGCCCGUCAACAGCUUCCUGCAGCAGCCGCAGCAGCAGCAGCCGCAGCAGCCGCAGCAGACCGGCCUUCAGCCGAUGCAGACCGGUGGUCUCCUACAGCCCAUGCAGACGGGCACCAACCCGUUCCGCCAGUCGAUGCUCACGCCACAGCCCACGGGCCUGACAGGCCUGCAGCAGCAGCAGCCUCCGGGGUCCCCGGUGUCCAUGCUGUCCACCCCGACGGGAAACCCUGCGGGCAACCGCCAGUCGACCAACCCGUUUGCGCGGGCAUCCCCUACGCAGUCGCCCUACAACUCUGCCUCCAACUCGCCCCUCCCACAGCAGCAGGCCCUGGCCCCGGCUCCGACGGGCGCCGCCGCGGCCCCGCUCCAACCGGCCCCCACGGGAACCAACCCGUUCACACGCAAGAUCUCGCCGCAACCGACGGCUCAGUCAGGGAUGGGAGCACCAGGCGGCCUCGCCCCCCAGCCCACGGGGAACACCAACCCCUUCCGCCAGAGCAGCUUUGUCGACCACAACACCGGUAUGGGCUGGCAGCAUAACCAGCAACCCAUAGGCGGUGGGCUCGACCAGCUCGCCACGCAGCCUGUGUUUCCCCGUCCGACUCAGCAGUCUCCCUGGCAGCAAUAG